GCCCGUGCACCACAGGCCCCGCCCGCCCACGGCCCUUCCCGGGAGGCCGGGAGACCUGCUCCGCCCGGCCCUCGGUGGGUGAGUGCGAGCGGCGGGUGGGGCCUCCGCGGGCGGAGGCACCGGGAGCGGGGGCGACGCCUGUCAUCGCCCUAGGCCCAGCGGGAGGACGCGCCAACAUCCCCGCUGCUGUGCUGGGCCCGGGGCGUGCCCGCCGCUGCUCCCACCUCUGGGCCGGGCUGGGGCCGCCCCGGGGGCCCUGUUCCUCGGCAUUGCGGGCCUGGUGGGCAGAGCCGCGGAGGAGGCUUCUUUUCCCCGAGGGCAGCGUCUUGGGGCCCGGCCGCUGGCUGACCCGCAGCGGCUCCGGCCAUGCCUGGCUGGCCUUGGGGGCUGCUGCUGACGGCAGGCACGCUCUUCGCCGCCCUGAGCCCUGGGCCGCCGGCGCCCGCCGACCCCUGCCACGAUGAGGGGGGUGCGCCCCGCGGCUGCGUGCCAGGCCUGGUGAACGCCGCCCUGGGCCGCGAGGUGCUGGCUUCCAGCACGUGCGGGCGGCCGGCCACUCUGGCCUGCGACGCCUCCGACCCGCGACGGGCACACCCCCCCGCCCUCCUGACUUCCCCAGGGGGCACGGCCAGUCCUCUGUGCUGGCGCUCGGAGUCGCUGCCUCGGGCACCCCUCAACGUGACUCUCACGGUGCCCCUGGGCAAGGCUUUUGAGCUGGUCUUCGUGAGCCUGCGCUUCUGCUCAGCUCCCCCAGCCUCCGUGGCCCUGCUCAAGUCUCAGGACCAUGGCCGCAGCUGGGCCCCGCUGGGCUUCUUCUCCUCCCACUGUUACCUGGACUAUGGCCGUCUGCCUGCCCCUGCCGAUGGCCCACCUGGCCCAGGGCCUGAGGCCCUGUGCUUCCCUGCACCCCAGGCCCAGCCUGAUGGCAGCGGCCUUCUGGCCUUCAGCAUGCAGGACAGCAGCCCCCCAGGCCUGGACCUGGACAGCAGCCCAGUGCUCCAAGACUGGGUGACCGCCACCGACGUCCGUGUAGUGCUCACAAGGCCUAGCGCGGCGGGUGACCCCAGGGACAUGGAGGCCCUCGUCCCUUACUCCUACGCAGCCACCGACCUCCAGGUGGGCGGGCGCUGCAAGUGCAAUGGACAUGCCUCACGGUGCCUGCUGGACACACAGGGCCACCUGAUCUGCGACUGUCGGCACGGCACUGAGGGCCCUGACUGUGGCCGCUGCAAGCCCUUCUACUGCGACAGGCCAUGGCAGCGGGCCACUGCCCGGGAAUCCCACGCCUGCCUCGGUGAGGCCUUGGAGGGUGGCCUGGGGACUUUGGACCCAACCAGCCUGCCGCUGACCCUAACCCUCCCUGCAGCUUGCUCCUGCAACGGCCAUGCCCGCCGCUGCCGCUUCAACAUGGAGCUGUACCGACUGUCCGGCCGCCGCAGCGGGGGUGUCUGUCUCAACUGCCGGCACAACACUGCCGGCCGCCACUGCCACUACUGCCGGGAGGGCUUCUAUCGAGACCCUGGCCGUGCCCUGAGUGACCGUCGGGCUUGCAGGGCCUGCGACUGUCACCCCGUUGGUGCUGCUGGCAAGACCUGCAACCAGACCACAGGCCAGUGUCCCUGCAAGGAUGGCGUCACUGGCCUCACCUGCAACCGCUGCGCACCUGGCUUCCAGCAAAGCCGCUCCCCAGUGGCGCCCUGUGUUAAGACCCCUAUCCCUGGACCCACUGAGGACAGCAGCCCUGUGCAGCCCCAGGACUGUGACUCGCACUGCAAACCUGCCCGUGGCAGCUACCGCAUCAGCCUAAAGAAGUUCUGCAAGAAGGACUAUGGUACCCUGAGCUCUCAAACAGGCAUGGCGUUUAUGAGGAAAGGCCGCGUAGGUCCCUGGAGAGGCUUCCCGGGUGAGAAAGAAGCCGCACUGGGCUGGGCCCAAGGCUGAGGACCAAAGACAGGAGGAGUGCUUCUCUGCUCCGCACUCAGGGAGCUGCUGGCAGCUGGGCUGACAGGUGCCACCUUGGAGAACCAGCGCCACCUCACUCCAUGCCUCUGCAGGGAACUGGAGACUGGUGGGGAAGCACACUGUAGGUGAAGGCAGUGCAGCGUUUGUGGCGAGCAGCGGUUUGCCCGCUCCCCGGAGGCCACAGGAAGAUGGCUUCCCCCACAGGAGGCACCCUCACAGGGCCCUGCUGGCAGUGUCUGCCUUGGGCUGCCUGAACCCGGAGAGUGGGAUAGACUGUUCAUGGGGUGUCACCCUAAUGUCACCUACACCCCACCCUGUCAGUCCAGAGUGAGGCUCAACCCACAGGGGUUGCUUGGGAACUGUUGCCCGUGAGGAGUUGGGUGUUAUUAUCGGCUCCGCUCUACAGACAUGGCAACCACAGUUUAGGGAGGAUGCACAGCUUGUCCGCAUUUCAAGCAAACAAGUGGCAGAGCUGGACUUUGUGGCAAGGCCUGUCUAACUGCAAAGCUGGACCGUUUCCACAGUAGCCCCUGCCUCCCCUCUCACUCCCUCCCCGGCCGCCGCCUCCGGCUCCGCACCUUUGUCAGGGGUUGGGGGAAUGCAGGGAACAGACGAGGCCUUGUUUGCUGCGUAGGAGCAGGUGCGGCUUAUGAUGUACAACAGCAGCCAGCCAGCAGAUAGACAACAGGGAAAGCCACUCGGCCAUGAAAACUCACCUCCAGGGUGUGGGCACUCAAGCCCAUAAGUGCGCCAGUCUGGGAUAGUUUAUGUUUUUGAUCAGUUCCCAUCCCCUUACUUCCUCAUCUCAGUUGUCAGUUUAAAGAAAACCUCACUCAGCUGUGAAUGCAAGAAAAAAGUUUGGCAGGAUAUAUACCAAAAUGUGAAUAGUGAUUAUCUGUAUGUAGAAGGGGAGUGGGAUUAGAGAGGUAAUUCAAACAGAACUCUACAUUUUUACUCCCUAAUUUUGGUACUAUUUGACUUUUUGUGAUUUUUGCAUUCAAAUAUCACCGGCGUAAUAAAAUACUUUUUCUUAACC